AUGGCUAGAGUUUACUCAAACAAGUCAAACCUAAGUGCUAUUUCCUCUUAUGUGAGCCAAAGAAGAGAAAUAUUCACUUUGUGGAUGAAAUCUCUAGUCUACCAUGGAAAUGGAUGCACUGUUUAUGACUCAAAUGGACAAAUUGUUUAUAGAAUUGAUAACUACAACAUUAAACGUAGCAAAGAAGUUCAUCUCAUGGAUUCCAAUGGCAAAGUUCUCUUUUCUAUUCGAAAUAGGAAAGUUCCAGUAUUUGGACAUUGGGAUGGCUAUAAAUGGAGUUAUGAUGGAGUAACUAGUAAAGAAGUACCAUGGUUUCAAGUGAAGAAAAUUCACAAUGUCCUUAGAGGAGAUAAUGAAAACUAUUACAAUGUUAUAUUGGGGUGUAAUUCUGAAGCAAUUUACUAUAAGAUUAUCCUUGGUACAAAAUCUAUUAAGAUUAUGAACCAUCAAGGACGACUUGUCGCAGAGGUAAAACAAAAACAAGCAAGUUCAGGAGUACUAUUUGGAUAUGAUGUAUUAACAUUGGUGGUGGAACCUCAAGUUGAGCACUCAUUAAUUAUGGCUCUUGUUACUGUUUGUGGUCUUAUCCAUCACACAAUUUGA